UUCAUAGUCUUUCAUUUUUCUCUUAUACUCGUUUCAGUUCAAUUCUUGUGGGUUUUGUAGUGCUUUUCUCCCUAGUUCACUGUACUUGGACGUCACUUCACUGUCUUCUGGGUUUUGCUCAGACACAUUGAACUCAAAUUAAGUUGAUGUCUUUUCGAGUGUCAAGAGAUUACGCUUUCUGGGUUUUUGUUAAAGUUGAAUAAUUGAUUGUUGGGAGUUGGAUUUGAACAAUAUUUGGCUAUAAAGUUGUUGUCUUUGUACUUGUUUUGCCUGUUUUCAAUCACAUUUGGGAAUUUGGAGUAUUUUUUUUAUGGAAAUGAAGGGUUUUGGGUUUAUUAAUAUGUCAUCUGUGUUUGUGAUUUUUCUGGUAUGUGUAUGUGGAUGUGGUUUGGCUGAGGCUAGGGAGUGUACAAACGCUGUUUAUGCUUCCAAAAACGAAACUUUGAAGAAUAUGGUGCUCUCACACUAUCACUUGACACCAAGUGAUGAUUCUGCUCGGUUGAAGUUGCACCCAAGAAAGAUGUUGAGGGAGGAAGAUGGAUAUGAGUGGUCAGUGAUGUACCGGAAGAUGAAAACCUCCGGUGGUGGUCCUGGGGCCCCUGGAGGUCUUCUCAAGGAAGUGUCAUUGCAUGAUGUGAGGUUGGAUCCAACUUCACAACAUGGGAAGGCACAGCAAACAAAUCUAGAGUACCUGUUGAUGUUGGAUUCGGAUAAUUUACUUUGGAACUUUCGAAAGACAGCUGGUUUAGAAACCCCUGGGGAACCAUAUGAUGCUACAAGUUCGUGGGAGGCGUCAACUAGUGAACUGCGGGGUCAUUUUGUAGGGCAUUAUUUGAGUGCUUCAGCAAUGAUGUGGGCCAGCACUCAUAAUGAUACUCUCAAAGAGAAGAUGUCCGGGAUUGUGUCGAGUCUUUCUCUUUGUCAGAAGGAAAUUGGCAGUGGAUAUCUUUCGGCUUUUCCAACUGAGGAAUUUGAUCGCGUUGAAGCUCAUACACCUGUCUGGGUUCCUUAUUAUACCAUUCACAAGAUCUUGGCAGGCCUGUUGGAUCAGUAUACACUUGCUGGUAGUGAUCAAGCUUUUAGUAUGAUGAAAUGGAUGGUUGAGUACUUUUACAAACGUGUUCAGAAUGUGAUAUCGAAGUACAGUAUAGCAAAACAUUAUCUGUCACUCGAUGCAGAACCCGGUGGCAUGAAUGACAUUCUUUAUAAAUUAUAUGCUAUCACGGGAGAUACAAAGCAUUUAUUGUUGGCUCAUCUUUUUGACAAACCCUGCUUUCUAGGAUUGUUGUCGGUGCAGGCUGAUGACAUAUCUUAUUUUCACGCUAACACGCAUAUUGCAAUUGUCAUUGGUGCUCAAAAGCGCUAUGAAGUCACUGGUGAUCCACUUUAUAAGGAAAUGGGGAUUUUCUUUAUGGACAUUGUUAACUCUUCUCACAGCUAUGCAACAGGAGGGACAUCAGUCGGCGAGCAUUGGCAGGAACCUAAAAGAUUGGGGACCUAUCUACGAUCAGACAAUGAGGAAUCGUGCUCAACUUAUAGCAUGCUGAAGGUCUCUCGCAACCUGUUUAGAUGGACCAAAGAAACUGCGUAUGCGGAUUAUUAUGAGCGAGCUCUAACAAAUGGUGUUCUAGGUAUCCAAAGAGGAACUGAGCCUGGAGUUAUGAUCUACUUCCUCCCACUAGGCCGUGGACAGUCCAAGUCCGUGAGUUAUUUUGGUUGGGGAUCACCAUUUGGCCAUUUCUGGUGCUGCUAUGGUACUGGGAUUGAAUCAUUCUCAAAGUUAGGAGAUUCCAUAUAUUUUGAAGAGGAAGGGGAAACUCCUGGUCUUUACAUUAUCCAGUAUAUAUCAAGCUUGCUUGAUUGGAAAUCUGGGCAAGUCGUACUUAAUCAGACAGUUGGUAACAUCAAUUCCUGGGAUCCUUACCUUAGAAUCACGUUAACAUUUUCUUCCACGAAGGGGACAGGCAAAUCAUCUACCGUGAACUUGCGAAUGCCAAUUUGGACAGAUUCAGAUGGUGCAAAGGCAGCAUUGAAUGGUCGAAAUCUGCAUCCAUCAGCUCCAGGUAGUUUUCUACCAAUCCCAAAUAAAUGGAGCCAUGGUGACACAGUAACUCUUGAACUACCCAUUAGUCUGAGAACAGAACCUAUUAAAGAUGACCGGGCAGAGUAUGCUUCAGUCCAAGCAAUUCUUUAUGGUCCAGUUCUACUUGCGGCUCAUACCAGUGGUAACUGGGACAUCCAAACUAAGUCAACUAAUCUUUCAGACUGGAUAACUCCACUCCCUUUUUCGCACAAUAAUUAUUUGGUUUCUUUCUCCCAAGAGUUCGAAAACUCAAAUUUUGCCUUGGCCAAUUUAAACCAGUCGAUCGAACUAGACAACUUUCCGGAUGUAGGCACUGUUGCUGCUGUUCAUGCCACUUUCAGACUCAUUUUAGAUGAUUUAUCAACAAAAGAUUUCAAAGCACAAGAUGCUAUUGGAAAAUCAGUCAUGCUAGAACUGUUUGAUCUUCCUGGGAAGGUUCUUGGGCAUCAAAAGAAAGACAAGAACCUUGUGAUAGCAGAUUCUUCAAGUAGCAAGGAGAACAUAGUUUUUCGCUUGGUUCCAGGUUUGGAUGGAAAGUCUGCCUCGGUCUCCUUGGAGUCAGAAAGUGACAAGGGUUGCUUUGUGUAUAGCUCGGAGUUGGAGGUUAAAGCAGCCUUGAAGCUCGGUUGCAGUUCAAAAUCGUCAAACGAUGGAUUCAAACAGGCAGCCAGCUUUGUAAUGAAGAGUGGCAUAAGUCAGUAUCAUCCUAUCAGCUUUGUUGCCCAAGGGAAGCAUCGGAAUUUUCUUCUACAACCAUUGUCAAGCUUCAUGGAUGAAACUUAUACCGUCUAUCUCAACAUUACAACAGUUUAAGUUACUGAAUUAAAUGUUUAUCUCUAGUAAAAAGUGCUCAUAAUUAAGCACC